UAUUGAUUUGUACUUCAGUGCAUAUUUUAACUGGGUUGUGGGUUAAAACACUCAACAUAAUUUAUCUAUAUUCAAAAGUUUAAGUUAAGAAUAUGGGUUAAUGUUCUAAUUAAAAACUGUGUGUGCCUUCAUAAAUACUCAUAAUGGUAAUAGCGAAGGGAUCAUAAUCACAGUGGAGACAUAGCAUUUCAAAACCAAGGACAGUUCACAAUAUCUAUUGCAAAAUGGCGACACCUGUACAUGUAGAUUCAGGAAAUAGUGGUUCAGAUUUGGUGAAAGACUAUGUUUGUGGAGGUUGCGAAAGCAGAACAAUUUUUGAAAGUGCAGAUUAUUUUUGUGCAACGUGUACAAAGUUUUUCUGCAGAAAAUGCAUUGAUCCUCAUGAUCAAAUAUAUGCAAAACAUUCCAAAUAUGGUAGAGAAGAAACAAAUAAAUGGCCUCUUACAAAGAUAAUGGAGGAUUUGCUACUGAAAUGUGAUGUCCACAAAGACAAGAAACUGAAAAUGUUUUGUCAGGACCACAGUCAAUUGUGUUGUACGGAUUGUGUUUUACUAAAUCACAGACAGUGCACAAAGAUGACUCUAAUUUCUGAGUCAGUCAAAACCAAGUCAUUUGAUAUGCAACAGGUAUCAAACAAUCUGCAAACUAUUGAAGAUGAACUACAUAAAGUAAAGAGUAAACAAGAGGGCAGAAUUCAGUCAAUAGAGGAAUCAUGUAGGGAAAAACUGCACGAAAUUAGAGACCUGAAAAAGAAAUUAAAUGCUGCUUUGGAUGAACUAGAAAAUAUAACCUUGAAAGAACUGGAUGCAAUUCGGACCUCAUUGCAAAUCUGUCUCAAGAAAGAUGUUGACAACUGCAGCAGACUAAAGGAUGACUUGCAAACACUCAGUGAAGCUGUAAAUAGCCUUUGUGAUAAGAGUAGGAAAGAUCUCGAGUUUAUAGUAAGCAGAAAAUGCCAGGAUAAAAUACAAGAGUCUGAUUCAUAUCUGAAGGAAAACCCUGUUAAGGUGCAGAGUUCAAUAAUAUUCAGAGCAAACACUGACAUUGAGCAGUACCUGUCAAAACAGUUUAGUCUAGGAAGGAUUUUAGACAGUAUGCAGUCUCUCACUGUAACAAGAAAAUCAGAGUAUAUUUUGAGAAUACCGAGUGACAGGGUUCAGGAUUUUGAAAUCACUGGCAUUUGCAGUCUACCUAGUGGCCAGGUCAUUGUUGCAGAUUUCAAUAAUAAUAAACUGAAGCUGUUGGACCAGCAUUACAAGGUGUCCAUUCACUGUGAUGUGUCUUAUUCUCCAACAAGCAUUUGCCAAAUCACAUCCAGUGAGGUGGCUGUGACUAUGAAUAAAGAUGUGCAGUUUAUCUCUGUGAGCAAUGGGCAGCUGGUGAAUGGGAGGAAAUUUUCAUUACAGCAUGAUGUCAAAGGUAUUGCCCACCAUCAGGGAGCAUUGUAUAUCACCUCUGGCGCAGCCCUGUACCACUACACUCUCACUGGAUCACUCGUGAAAAAGUUGUAUGAGGAUGCAGGUUACAUUUUUAGAGUGUGGAAAUGUGCAGUGAGUCCUGCUGGAGACAGGAUCUAUGUCACAAACUAUGAGCAGCAAAAGCUCCUCACUCUGGCUACAGAUGGGACCCUGAUAUCCACCUUUGAGCACUCUGAAGUACAAGGACCAUAUGGUCUAGAUGUUACACCUGCAGGACAAGUACUUGUCAGCGGAUACAGCUCCCAUACUGUCAUACAGAUUGAUGGUGAGGGAAGACACAAACUGGCAACUCUUGCUUUACAGAAAGAUGGACUCGGCCAACCAGCGUCUGUCUGCUACAACACCAACACUCAUCAGAUGAUUGUGGGAUUAACUAAUAACAGUAAAAUCAUUGUAAUGGACUUGAAAUAGCCAUUCAAGUGUAAUUUUUUUUAUGUCAAGACGUUAAUACAUGUUUUUUCUUCUUAUUUAUUUCAAUAGCUUUUUAUGUUAUCAAGGUUUUUAUCUAAUAGUUGGUCAGGAAAAAACAUUUCUUGUUAUUAACAAGUAAUUGAACUUUAUUUUGAAAAUGAGUUUCAAUGUCUUAAGAUUACAUCAUUUAAAACAAGCAUGUUUGACAACUAUCUAUACUGUUGAUUAUUUCUUUAGUCUGGCUUCAUGUCAUGUUUUCAUACAUAUUUUUUCAUAAGUUAUUAUGAAGUUGAUUUGAAAUUUAUUUAUCUAUUAAUUCUUAUGUUUUUCAUGAUCUACUAGCAAUUAUUGAGUGAUAAAUAUUUUGUUGUCAUUUAUGCUUUUUUUUAAACUAAUAGUAUUUGGUAUGUGUGCCAUUUGUGUAUGUGUGGUUUUGUAGCCUAUAAGUUCUUAUAAUAAACAACUCAUGUUUUUUGAAGAAAAAUACAAGACAAGAGCUGUCUCCAUAGGAUGACAUAUGACCCGAAAAAGGGUUUGAUAGUUAUGUAAGACAGCUAAAUAACAGAACAAAUUUUCGAAACCUAAAUGCACACCCUAUGUGCAAGGUCAAGGUCAAAGGGGUAAAAACUUGUGUGCGUAUGGAAAGGCCCUGUCCAUAUACACAUGCAUAUCAAAUAUGAAGGUUACAUCUGAAGCGACAUAGAAGUUAUGAGCAUUUUUCAAAACCUAAACGCAGAUUUUGAAACCGAAAGGCAGACCCUAAGUUCAAGGUCAAGGGGUCAAACUUUGUGUGCAUAUGGAAAGGCCCUGUCCAUAUACACAUGCAUACCAAAUAUGAAGGUUACAUCUGAAGCGACAUAAAAGUUAUGACCAUUUUUCGAAACCUAAACGAAGAUUUCAAAACCUUGUCAAAAGGGUCAAAAUGUGUGUGUGUAUGGAAAGGCCUUGUCCAUAUACACAUGCAUACCAAAUAUGAAGGUCACAUCUGAAGCAGCAUAGAAGUAAUGAGCAUUUUUCAAAAAAGUGUGACAGACAGACAGGCAAACAGUGCGAUCACUAUAUGCACCUUCAGGGGCAUAAAAAAGUCAUGUGCACUGAUAGUCAAAUAAAUGUUGGCUUUUAAAUAUGUUAAAUAUAAAUGAGGAAUGAUAUAAAUGUAUGCUAAUUAAGUUUCAAAUUAACAACUAUCACCUUAUGAUGAAAAUUGUGUCUCUAAAAUUAAAUGAAUUAUUCAUGAUUGAAACAACAAUAUACUGCAAUAAGAGA